GCUAGCUUUCACUGAGGGCCUGAAAAGUGAUAGUGUGGCUGCGUCUGCUUGUGAUGUGAGGACACCUGAGCCGAACCCCCGACACUUCGCCUUCACACCUGUGCCUGGAGAAGAAGACUGAAGAUGAGCAGUUUGGAUGAAGAAAGGUCUGACAUCAGUGAGUCUUCAGCAGAAGAAGAGGAUAGUAUCGAGGAGAAGCCUCUGAGUGCCUUAGCUCCUCUUAACGCUAAAGAGGACAGGCCGAAGGAUGUCACUGCAAGUCCUGCCUAUCAGUGCUUGGAUGAGCUGUUUGCAACUGGUAAAAUUCCCGGAACAAGAGUAGCUGAGCUGAAGGCAAAGUAUGGCCUCCUGUAUGAGAUUCUGAAAAGCAUACAGGAAUCUGAGAUACAGCUGUUGCAAGAUGCUAAACGCUUCACAUAUCUACUUGAGCAACAACAACAUGAACUAGAAAAGGCAGAUCAGUUCCCCGAGGGAUCAAACACUGAAGUCUCCAGAAUGAGGCAUCAAUUGCUCAAAUAUAACAAUGACCUGAAUGAAGCUGAGGAAAGGGAGUACAGACUUCAGUAUAAGCUGGAGUGUUUACGGGAAGAAAAAAGGCUUUUGGAGCGGGAGUAUGAAAGAAUCCCCAAAACUGGAGAGGUAGAGAAGAGGGCCAAACUUCUGAAAGAAGCCAGUGAUGAGCUAAAAAAGGAGAACACCCAGAGAAUAUUGGAGAUUAAAGCAAUGAAGGAAGACCUGGCUUUAAAAGAACGAGAAAUUCAAAGAGAGCAAGCAGAGCUCGAAAAGAUACGAGAGCAACAGGAAAUAGUAAAGGAUGAACUUGUCCAGGUCCAGAAUAUCCCAGAACAAAUUGGCAAAGACAUCGAGAAGAUUAAUCGCAAAACAAUAGAAACAGAAAAGAAAAGGCUAAAGCUGGAGGAUCAGUGCCAAGAGUUAAACCAAAGCAUCAAACAGAUAGAGAAUAAAUCCAAAAAGAUGUUGGAAGAGAAAGAAGAUGUUAUAAAGGAACUGGAGGGGAAAAGGAUGUUACUGGAAAAUAAAGAACAGGAAUUUAAUCGUCUGACCAAGUUACUGGAACUUUCCAAGGAAAAUGAAGCCGUUGCUCUGGGAGAGAGGGCAGCUUUGGACCUUAAUCUACGUCAUACCCUGAUAGAGAAACAGACACAACAUGAUGCUCUUACUCGGAAACAAAAAGAGAAAGACCGGGACAUGCGAAACAUCAAGAAACUGGAGCUACAACUGAAGUCUGCAAGCGAUGCCCUAAUACACACCCAAUCUUUACAUGACAAGAUUAAAACAGAGAUAGACAUUUUCCCGAAAGAUGACGGCUCACUUACAGAGAAGAGGAAGGAAUUACGCAAAGAAGUUGAAACACUUAAGAGACAGUUUGCACAACAGCAAACGCUAACGGAGGUAGAGGCACGCAUAUUGGCACAGUGUAUAGCUGAAGAGGAGCAACUUGUAAAGGAGCAAGGAGAAGGCCGGGAAGAGCUGGUCAACCUAACUCGUCUGGUACAAAUCAAAGCUGAUGAGAGAGAGCAAAAGUCAAGGGAUUUUGUAAAAGCUCAACAACGAUACCAACAAGUUCUGCAAGAAAUUAAGGGACGGGAUCUUAUUAUUGGAGAGCAUAAGAAGAAAAACCAAGAUGUUCAGAAAAGAUUAAAAGAAUUUGCCAAGAUGUAUGACAUUAUCCGCAAUGAAAGAAACAAGUGUGUCAGCCUCAUUCAGAUGGCUACCCAGCGAGGAGCAGAACUACGAGAAAAACUCAAAAUCUAUGGAAAUGAGAUGGAAAUACUGAGAACCAAUGUUUCAAGCAAAGAAAGGCAGCUCCAAAAGGCCAUGUUAAAGCAGACCAACAACCAUAUGAUACGGGAUAGCCUGCAAAAGGAUAUCAGUAGGCUAAGCCUUCAUCUUCAAGAAGUGAAGGAAAAGAGGGAACAGCAGAAAAUGGAGAUUGGGAGACUAACCAAUAUGAUUAAUCAGGCAGAGGAAGAAAUGGUGGGACUUCGCAAGAAGUAUGAAUCGGCUGUGCAGAACAGGAAUGAGAGGGGAGUCCAGUUAAUAGAGCGGGAGGAAGAAGUCUGCAUCUUUUAUGAGAAGAUAAAUACUCAGGAAAUGCUUCUGAGAAAUGGUGAUGUAGAGAUGAUGGCACUUGAUGAGAGGAUUCGCUUCCUGAAGAUGAAGGUCACAGAAGAGAAGAGGCAAAUUGAACAAAUUAAAAAAGAGUUGCCAAAUAAGAAGGUUCUGGGGUCAGAUCUAAUAACACUUCAAAUCCAGCUUUCCCAGUGUUAUGACAGAGUAGCUGAACUUGAGGAACUGGCACAGAGCCCUGAGAAAGAAAGCCGGACACGCAUAUUAGAGGGAAAGGAUCCAUCGCUACAAGAUCUUAUAAAGAAAAUGGAGGAGUUAGAACUAAAUUUGGCUGAAAAAGAGGAGCACCUGCUGGAAAAGGACUUUCUCUACGAACAAGUUUCCAAACUUUCAGAGAGAAUACGUAUUAAGGCAGAAAAUGGCAAGGAGGACACAUUGGUUCUUGCCAAAAAGAUGAAUGAUCUUCAAAAGAAAAUUAAAGACGCCACUCGUAAAAUGAUGUCCUGCAUUGCGGAGCUGUCAAUGCAACAAGCCAGUUCCAUCAAGCUGCAGCAGGAAACAAGAGAUAAGGAGAAGUUUGUGCAGAGGUGCUAUACAAGAAUGGAGCAAGGACUACCACCUAGUGAGGAAAUGGAACAAGAGUGGAACCGUCUAUUGCGUGAAGAGCAUAGACGCAGAAUUGAGAAAGAAGAGAAAGCUAGGGCAGAAGAAGAGGAAGAACAACACAUAUUGCCAAAUGGCAUUUAUACAACAGCUGAUCAAAGGCCAAAUGCUUACAUACCAGAAGAUGAAAAUGUCCUUCCUCUGCCUCGGCCAUAUGGGGCUCUAGCGCCGUUCAAACCCAGCGAACCUUGUGCAAACAUGAGGCACAUUAGAAAGCCGCUGAUCAGACCAAUUGAAAUCUAAUAAUGGUCAUCAGAAGACAACUAGCCUAUGCUGUCAGGAGGACAUUGAAAUGGAUCUCAGACUUUAUACACUGUGCCUUAUAGUGGUCAAUACCAGUAACGAUCAAUUACAGAAGUUAUACCACGUUAGACAAUUUUACAAAGCGAUUAAGGAGAAAUUCAAGCUGAAUGCUUAUUGUGUCCAUGUAUAAAAUGCAGCAUGAGGUAUUGAUUUAAUAAAAGUGCCUAAAUGUUUGUAUUAAUGGCCUUCAGCUGGGAUCAGGAUGCCGUUCAGAAAAACAUUACAUUUUUAUAUCUCCUCUUCAUUCUAGGCUACAGGACAAAACAAAUAUCAAGCUGUGGAUUGUUGGGCUUCACAGACCAUUGCUGGUGUGUAGAAAGUUCUGCUCUGCAGUGUCAGUUUCCUUCACCGUGGCAGGCCACUGCAUAGCAUCUAACAUCGAGUCUGUUCACAUAUUUUCAAGUUCUAUGUUGUCCCUAUGCCCUGGCAAAACUCCUGCUGAACACACUGAAUGGAGCUAUAGGCCACAAUUCACUUAAAUGGAUGAGAACUGCUUUUUACUGUUAGGAAAGCACAACAGACUGUGCUUUUCUAUAUAGAAGGUUGCCACCAAAAAAGAGGACAUUGUGCCUCUGAUGUAUAGCAGAGAUGAAAUGUGAAUAGAGCCUUACACUGCAGACCAGAGCAUGAACAAUUAAUAAGCUACAAUGCAUUCCUGAACUGUGUGUGAAAAGGGACUAUUUGCACCUUAAAUGUGACAUUCAAUAAAACAUUUAUAAAAGUAAUAUUAUUAAAUGUUCAGAAUUCUCUUACACACAAUGUAUUAUAAAUUUAAACUCAAGGAAAUGUAUGAAAGUCUAAAAACGGACCUUUGCCCACAGCAACCAAUCACAGCACAGCUUUUAUUUCUUAUUCUGCUGUUGAACAAUGAAAGCCAUAACGUGGUUGGUUUCAUAAAUCUGCCCCCCUACCUGCCUCGCUUCUCAAACUUGACUACCAAACGACCAGGCCUGAGAAUGUGUUUUAUCAUCAUAUUAUAUACAUUUCACCAGACAAUAUGGAACUGAAUUCAAGAAGGCGGAAGUCUGCACACGUACGUCAUAUACACACAGACCUAAAGAGGGAUAUUUCGCAAGUGACCACGGAUCUGCAGAAACAUCUACAGUGACGAUAACAGACACAAAGCAGCAGUUUCUAUUCAACUGGGUUUUCAGCAUCACAAUACUAAGGCAGGUGUACUGUGCAAUUUUUUGUCCCAAUGUAACAAGUGGACCAUGAAUUAUACUGUA